UGCGCAUUGUCAACUUCCUGUCAGGUGAAAAUGAAAAUAUUUUGAAGUUACAUUAUUAGUCAUUCUCACACGUUAAGAGAUCCUCUGCUUAGUAUCCAGUCAUUUAACAGACCAACAAAGAUGCCGCUUUUUGGGAAGACCCCAACUGUGAAAGAACAAAUGCGUCAAAAUGAUCGAGAUCUACGCAAGACUCAAAGAGAUAUUGCACGAGACAGAACUGGGCUGGAAAGAGAGGAGAAAAAAAUAGAGAUGGAUAUAAAGAGAGCAGCCAAGCAAGGAGACAAACAUACUUGUACAAUUCUUGCUAAACAACUAGUGCAAUUACGUAAGCAGAAAACCAAGACAUAUCAGAUGGGUUCUAAAAUACAGUCUAUUAACACACAUGGAAAGAUGAUGCACUCUAAUGUCAAGAUGGCAGAGGCAAUGGCAUCAACUACAAAGGCCAUGGGUAACAUGAACAAAACAAUGGAUCCAGAGAAGACGAUGAAGACAAUGCAACAGUUUAACAAAGAGUCAAUGAAGAUGGACAUGACAGAAGAAAUGAUGAAUGAUACUUUGGAGGAUAUUUUUGAUGAGUCUGGUGAUGAAGAGGAACAAGAUGCUGUUGUAACACAGGUGCUAGAUGAAAUUGGCAUUGAAAUCUCAGGAAAGAUGGUGGAUGCCCCAUCAGCCCACAGAGGUGCAUUAGGAGAGUCUUCAAAAUCAAAAGUGACAGAUGCAGAUUUAGAAAGACAAUUAGCACAGUUAAAGGAUUUAUAGUAGUGGUGGUAUUGAACAAUUUUAAAGCAAUUGGUACAGAAUUUCAGACCCCAGGCAUUAUGAAUGAAAACAACGGGAAAGUUAAUGGAAACAUUCCUCAGACCAACAUGUAUAUUCAUAAAACAACCAGAGUGGUGACAUAAACCAAAGAAAGCACAUGAUGCCCGUUGCUUAAACAGUUUACAUAACAUUACAUUAAGACCUAAAACCAACACGAAACAACACUUUGGAGCUUAAGUGUUCAUGUUUGCUGUAGCUAUAUAACUCACAUUAACACUACCAGGUUUUACUGUACUUGCUUGCUGAACUAGCCUUUUGGGACACUGGGAAGGGGUUAUGUCAUGUCCCUUUAAGAGGCCUGUUAUA